AUGUCAAAAAGUGGCCCUGAAUUUUCCUCCUCCUUCCACUUUGUAUUAGUGCAGCGGGUCAUUCCUCCAAAUAUCACACUGUAUCCUCUCUGGGAGGAACUGGAGGUAGGAUCGAAGGUGGGAAUCCUCUGCAUCCUGAGUGGGUUCUACCCUGACAAGCUGAGUGUGGAGUGGCUGCUGGAUGACAAGACUGUGACCACAUCUCCAGUCCAGCGGAAGCUGCAGAGUGUAGAAGGUGAGGAGAACACAUUCAGCCUGAACAGCCAGCUGGAGCUGGACCGGAGCCAAUGGACUCAAGGGUCAGAGGUCACAUGCAAGGCCAUCCACAAUGCAGCACAAGGACCACCUACAGGAACACCAGUCUCCAGGACCACCAGUAUUUGCUCAGCUUUUCCCUCGUCUACUCCAUCCAUCCACCUGGAGACCCCCAGAUUCAGGACAGUGAUGGCACAGACUGAGGUAACAGCUACAUGUGUGGUCCACUCUGCAUAUGACGCCAAAGUGUCCUGGCUUCUGGAUGGAAAAGACCCAACCAGUAGGACCCCAGUGAACCAGGCCAGCAGCACAACUCAGAGCAUCAGCAGUAACCUGACUCUUCCCUCAAGCCAAUGGAAAACCCUGAACACAAUAACAUGCAGAGCUGAACAUCGCUGCUUCAACUCCACAGAGAAGACCAGUAAUGUUAAAGGACCUGCAGUGAGCAGCACUGCCACAGUGCUGAUCAGGAGGUCUCUCCCAGAGUUACUGAAGGGAAACAGUGCUGUGCUGGAGUGUGCCAUCACACAACUCUCCUCCAGUGACCUAUACGUCACCUUUCAGGCAAAUGGGGUUGAUUUCCCUGAGAAACAGUAUGUGGAUCUGCCUGCCUCCAAAGGCCCCCAUUCACUCACCAGACAGUUCUCUAUCCCCAAAUCACACUGGAAGACAGACAACACUUUCACCUGUAAAGUUAACCAAGGUUUCUCCAACAGCUUGGUGUCUAGCUCCAACGUCAAGAUUUUUGGUGAACUGUCCAUGGAACUCCUUCUAGUCCCCAGUGAGGAGCUGUCUGGCUCAGGGACCCAGAAACUCAUGUGUUCUGGGUGGGGCUUCAACCCUAAGAUCAAGUGGCUCUCUGGGUCUGAACAGAGGUCUGCAACGGACAAUGAGAUAAGGAUGGGGGAAGACGGACAUGUGGCACUAACCAGUCAUAUCACAGUAACACAGCAGGAGUGGAAUGAGGGAAAGGACUUCAUCUGUGAGGUAGAUGACAAAGAUCUUCAGAAAACUGUCAGGAAGAGCACCAGUUUAUGCACAGCUUUUCCCUCGUCUACUCCAUACCUCCACCUGGAGACCCCCAGAUUCAGGACAGUGAUGGCACAGACUGAGGUAACAGCUACAUGUGUGGUCCACUCUGCAUAUGACGCCAAAGUGUCCUGGCUUCUGGAUGGAAAAGACCCAUCCAGUAGGACCCCAGUGAACCAGGCCAGCAGCACAACUCAGAGCAUCAGCAGUAACCUGACUCUUCCCUCAAGCCAAUGGAAAACCCUGAACACAAUAACAUGCAGAGCUGAACAUCGCUGCUUCAACUCCACAGAGAAGACGAGUAAUGUUAAAGGACCUGCAGUGAGCAGCACUGCCACAGUGCUGAUCAGGAGGUCUCUCCCAGAGUUACUGAAGGGAAACAGUGCUGUGCUGGAGUGUGCCAUCACACAACUCUCCUCCAGUGACCUAUACGUCACCUUUCAGGCAAAUGGGGUUGAUUUCCCUGAGAAACAGUAUGUGGAUCUGCCUGCCUCCAAAGGCCCCCAUUCACUCACCAGACAGUUCUCUAUCCCCAAAUCACACUGGAAGACAGACAACACUUUCACCUGUAAAGUUAACCAAGGUUUCUCCAACAGCUUGGUGUCUAGCUCCAACGUCAAGAUUUUUGGUGAACUGUCCAUGGAACUCCUUCUAGUCCCCAGUGAGGAGCUGUCUGGCUCAGGGACCCAGAAACUCAUGUGUUCUGGGUGGGGCUUCAACCCUAAGAUCAAGUGGCUCUCUGGGUCUGAACAGAGGUCUGCAACGGACAAUGAGAUAAGGAUGGGGGAAGACGGACAUGUGGCACUAACCAGUCAUAUCACAGUAACACAGCAGGAGUGGAAUGAGGGAAAGGACUUCAUCUGUGAGGUAGAUGACAAAGAUCUUCAGAAAACUGUCAGGAAGAGCACCAGUUUAUGCACAGCUUUUCCCUCGUCUACUCCAUACCUCCACCUGGAGACCCCCAGAUUCAGGACAGUGAUGGCACAGACUGAGGUAACAGCUACAUGUGUGGUCCACUCUGCAUAUGACGCCAAAGUGUCCUGGCUUCUGGAUGGAAAAGACCCAACCAGUAGGACCCCAGUGAACCAGGCCAGCAGCACAACUCAGAGCAUCAGCAGUAACCUGACUCUUCCCUCAAGCCAAUGGAAAACCCUGAACACAAUAACAUGCAGAGCUGAACAUCGCUGCUUCAACUCCACAGAGAAGACGAGUAAUGUUAAAGGCUCAGUGACCCCCUCUGCACCAACAGCAACCCUGCUCCAGGAUCCCAGUGAGCUCGUCUGCCUGGUGCUUGGCUUCAGCCCUUCAGACAUCAACAUCACCUGGCUGCUGGACAACGUGACAGAGCUGUGGAACAACAACACUAGCACCCCCUACAGGGCACCAGGGGGAAAGUUUGGCAUUAGGAGCCACUUGAGCCUGGCACACCAGGAUUGGACACCGGGGGCUGUUUACACCUGCAGGGUGACCCACACCAGCCAGACUCUGGCAAAGAAAAUAUCCAAAACAGAGAUCCUUGAGGUGGAGGGUGUGUUCUUUGACGAGAACAGGUCUGAUCCCAUUCUGGCGGACACUGCAGAGGAGAACUGGAACAUGGCCUGCAUCUUUCUGGUCCUCUUCCUCAUCUCCCUCCUCUACAGCUUCAUAGUCACUCUGGUCAAGACAAAAUGAUGACUUCAGGACACUUCCAUAUGAUGGAUCCCUAGGAGUUCAACUGGAAAUGAAACCAUUUAUUUCAACCUUUUCUUAUCAAAUCACAACACGUUUCUUUAGAAAAUUGCAUAGUUUGAAUUUCUUACGGUUUCCUGUUGCAGGUUUGAUGACAGGGAAGUGUUAUUGUUUUUAUUCCUCACAAAGACAGACAAUGUGGAGGUGCUCUUACUUGCUCUCAUCUCUUGUUAAUGCGUUAUAGAAUUUUUUGAGCAGAGAUAAAAAAGGAUGUUUAACCUCUAUUAAAUAAGGCCGACCAUUACUCUCUAUGAUGAAGUAUUUAGACACCAGUUAUUGCUGAAUUAUCUGCUGAUAAUAAAACAUUAUUUCAAACAAC